UUCACUUGGAUUAUCAAUUGUGUGUUUACAUUUUUUUAAUCAAAAAUAAUACCAAUUAUUAUUAAUAAUGAUGAUAAUAAUAAUAAAAAUAAAGCAACGAAUUGUUACGACAUUUUGACAGCAAAAGCAAGAAAAAGUGAGACAAAAAAAGGGAAAGGAAAAAGAAAAAAAUACAUACAGAUAAUAAAUAAGUAAAAAUAACAACGAAAAAUAUGUUGUUUUAUCAGUAUUUAUAUUUAUUAUUGAAAAAUAAAAAAAAAUAAACAUUGGCAUACGUAAAUUAAUGGCUUAUUGCCAAUUUGUGUGUUAAAGAAUUUUCGACAGUUUUAAUGAAAACGUCACAGGAUGAAGUUGUUUUAUUAAAGGUACCUGCUGGCCAUUGUUUAAAAAUUAUUAUAAAUUAUUAUUAAUUUUAUUGUAAAAAAAAUUAAUUAUUAUGCUCGUCAUGAUGCUGUUUCAAUUGUUAUUUUUAAUUAUUAAUUUAAAAUCAGUAUUAUUAGUACCAUUAAAUCCAAAACUUUUGGUAAUUUCAUAUGAUGGAUUUAGAUAUGAUUAUUUAAAUCGUAAUUGUACACCUUUUAUGAAAAAAAUUAAAGAAGAAGGUACUUAUUCUGAUUAUAUGAAAAAUAUAUUUAUAACAAAAACAUUUCCUAAUCAUCAUACAAUUGCAACUGGUUUUUAUGCUGAAACACAUGGAGUUAUUGACAGUAAUUAUUUAACACAAGAUAAUAAAAUAAUGAAUAUGUCACAGGAAAUGUAUGCAUAUAAUAAAAAUAUACUUCCAAUAUGGACAUUAAAUGAAUUAAGUGGUAAUGGAAGACACAGUGGAACUAUGAUGUGGCCAGGAAGUAUUUAUAAAUACAAUAAUACUUUACCAACUCACAUUGGAACUUUUAAUAUAUCAAGAUCAUGGAAAAAUCGUACAGAUGAAAUUAUAUCAUGGUUUUUAGAUCCAAUUAAUCCAGCAAAUUUUGUUCUUUUAUAUAUUGAAGAACCAGAUUUUCAUACACAUGCUCUUGGUACACAAAGCCCAAAAAUAAAUGAGUUAUUAAAAAAACUUGAUAAUUUUACUGAAUAUAUAUUUAAUAAAUUGAGAGAUAAUAAUUUGGAUGAUGUUAAUGUUGUACAUUUGAGUGAUCAUGGUAUGGCUGAUGUUCCAUAUUCUCAUAUUAUUAAUAUUUCAAAUAUUAUUGAUGAAAAAACUGAGGCUAAAAUAGUGGUUACACUGUCAACAGCAAUGAUUGAACCUUACAAUGGAAAAGAUAUUAUAGUUUACAACAAAUUGAAAAAUGAAUCAGCAAAAACAUCUGGCUUUGAAGUUUAUUGGAAAAAAGAUAUACCUGAUAAAUGGCAUUAUCGAAAUAACAAUAGAAUAAGUAAAAUAUUUUUGAUUGCUAAAAUUGGCUAUGCUUUUGACGAACUUUUUAAGUCAAUGAAAUAUUAUGAAAAAGCAUUUAAUAUUACAAUUAAUAAUCAAUCACAAUUUGGUGUACAUGGUUAUGACAAUGGUGAUCAUAGAAUGUAUCCAAUAUUUUUUGCAAGAGGACCAGCAUUUGUUUCACAUUGUAAACUUGAACCAUUUAAUAGUGUUGAUCUACUUUCUUUAUUUUGUCAUAUAUUAAAUAUUAAUUGUCAACAAACAAAUGGUACUUUGAAUUCAUUUGAUAAAUGUUUACAAAUACCACCAUCAACUGAUGAAUCAAGUUACAUUUAUCUUGGAAUUAUGGGUGUUGUUAUUGUAACUGUUAUUAUAUUUUUCGUUGGAUAUUUGUACUUACAACAAAGACGACGUCAAGUAGAAAUAAUUUACAGACGUGGAGGUAUUGAACAGCCCAAUUGACUCAAGUUACAAUAUAACUAAGUAAAAGAGAAUUUUAAAUGACGCUAAACAGGAACAGUUUUGGGAUGAUCAACAAGACACAGAAUAUGUGUGGCAUUAAUUUAUAAAAUAUAAAUUUUAUUUAUUCUUAAAAAACUAAAUUAACAUCGUUUUUUUUUUUUUUUUUU